UCUUCUUCGCUACUCUCUCUGUGUUAUAUAAACAGCCAAACAGAAGCUCAAUUAAAAAAUCGGAAACAACAAGAUGCCCAAACUCAAAUCCCUAAGCGGCGCCAUUUCACCGAUCAACACACAGUUUAACAACAACGAAAACUCCGCUCUCAUCAAAUACUUCUGCUCCGGCGGAUCUCCGAUCACCUCGAUCAACAAUGACGUCGCGUUUUCAUCUCCGGAGAUCACCACCAAAUCCUCUUCCGGAAGUAACAGCGUCGGAAGACGAUCGUCAUUCUCGUCGCUGUCUUCCAUACAAAAUGUGAUGAUGAUGUCGCCGUCGCCGUCGCAUAAGGUUGUGUAUCGGACGCCGACGAUGAAAGUAGUGGAUGAUGAUGUGCUUGUGAUGGACGGAGUGUUGGUUGAGAAUUCGUCGGCGUCUUCUAAAGGCAGUAAUAAGUUCUCUUCCAGGUAUAAACUAAUGACGUCGGAUCAUUCGUCGUUUCAUUCUUGUGGCUCGUCGUUUAACUCUGGCAAUGCUGAUCCUACGUCGUUUAAGAGUGAGCUGUGUCGUUCUUGGGAGAAUUUUGGACAUUGCCGUUACGGUUCCAAAUGUCAGUUUGCACAUGGACAAGAAGAAGUACGACCCGCUUGUUUCAACUAUUCUGAAUCAUCUUCGUCAAGAUCAUAUGCGCAAGCAGUCGCACCGGAGUCUUCUACAUCUCCAUUGGCUCCGAGAGAUGAAGGAAUCCAUAUGAGCAGCACCGUCAAUGUAUCUGAAUACCCUGGUUUGGACAUUAUCAGCCCAGAUGUUAAAACUGGCCAUUACAGGAAACAAAGAAUGCACACCAACUCAGAAUCGUCCAAGAAAAGCUUAAACUCUACUCUCAAUGAUCAAACCGCAACGGACAAUCUCUCCACCCAAACAGAACUCCCCGAGAAAAUCUCCACAGUUGAUACAAUUUAUAAACCCUGGUUUCCCUCUGACGAUGGCAUUGAGUGUGCUUUACCGGGAGAUGAAUCGGAAUUAUCGAAGGAAGAAUUUGAUGCUCAUGUUCAGAAAGUUCUUUAUGAUCCAAGUACAAGGAAGAGGCUGUCUGUGUUUGCUGAAUUUUGUCAAAACCAGGAGGAGUAACCAAAUGUUCAACUCUGGUUAGUAAAAACUAUACUACUCUCUAUUAGGUAUAUUUGCUCUAGUCAUUUUUUUUUCCUCUUCUGUUAAUCAGAUUGAGUGAUGGUUACUAGGUUGGGCAUAUAGAAUUAUAGAAAAUGUUCUGAAAUUACAAUUGCAUAGUGCUGUAUAGAACAUGAGAAAGAUAUAUAGAUUGCCUAGAUAAAGUAGUAUGGGAAAAAGCCAAUAAAUAAUUCUUUGCCUA